GCGAGCUCCGCGGCGGCCGAGUGACGUGUCCGGGCAGCGGGGCAGCCGCCGGGGCUCCGGCGGAGCGGGCCGUGCCGGGCCGGGUCGGGCGGCGGCCGCCUCGGAGCGUUUGGCGGCGCCUCCGGCCGCGGCGGAGGAGAGUUUUCCAGCCUGCUAAAGGUGCGGUGGAUAUACUAGAAUGGACACAGAGGAUUUCCCUCCACCACCACCAGAAGUUCUAGAGCAUGAACCAAAAGCCGCGGGCCCGAAUGAUGAAGAGGAGGAUGAGGGAGAACAGUUUGAUUUUGAUAGUGGAGAUGAGAUACCAGAAGCAGACAGGCAAGCCCUUGUGCCACCUAUUCCUGGUCCUGGAAAUUACAUAGAGCACCAAGAGGCUGGUGCUGCAGGAGCUGAUAAUUUAGAAAACACUGAGAAGCUGCAAACAUCAGAACCUGCUGCAGAAGGCACUCCAGCCAAAGUAAAUCCUUACUCAGUCAUAAAUAUUUCCCCAAUCCAAGAUAAGGAUCCAUCCUCAUCACCAGAACCAAGUCCUCAAGAUGAAGGUGCAAGUCCCAAUGUGUCUGGUGGAUAUUCUGUUCCUGUGCCUUGUGGAUAUGCUGUGCCAUCCAACUUACCUUUGAUCCUGCCAGCAUACUGCAGUCCUGUCAUCAUACGCAGUGUUUCUGUAGAUGAAGAAGGUACACAGUCAGCAACUGAAGAAUGUCAUUAUAAUUCUGUAAACUUGGAGGACCCUCAGAAUAGUGAAGAUAACCAGAGCAAGAAAGAGGAUGAUGCCCUGGCCAAAUGGGUUGCAGAUCCUGCAAAUACAGCAUGGAUGGAAAACCCGGAUGAGGUAAUUUAUGAUGAUGUGCCAAGAGAAGAUUCAGACUCUGAACCAGAGGAAAUGAUAUAUGAUGAUGUUGAAAAUGGUGAGGAUGGUGGAAACAGCUCACUGGAAUAUGGGUGGAGUUCAAGUGAGUUUGAAAGCUAUGAAGAACAGAGUGAUUCUGAGUGUAAAAAUGGAAUUCCCAGCUCCUUUUUGCGUGGCAACCACAAGAGACAUCUUUCUCAUGACCUAACGCGUUUAAAGGAGCAUUAUGAAAAAAAGAUGAAAGAUUUGAUGUCAAACACUGUGGGAGCUGUAGAGAUUCAGCAACUAAAGCAAAAACAUGAGCUGAAGAUGCAAAAGCUUAUGAGAGCUGCUAGAGAAGGUACCAAAGAUGGACUUGAAAAGACAAAAGCAGCUGUGAAGAAGGGUCGUUCCUUCAUUCGGACAAAAUCUUUCAUUUCUCAAGAUCAUAGAUCAUCUUGUCUGGAAGAAGAAGAGCUAAAUUUAUUUAUUGAUGUGGACUGUAUGCAUACAGAAGCAAUUAUGACUCCUAUGCCUGAAGGAUUAUCACAGCAGCAGGUUGUGAGAAGGUAUAUUUUGGGCUCUGUAGUUGACAGUGAGAAGAAUUACGUGGAUGCUCUCAAAAGAAUCAUGGAGCAAUAUGAGAAGCCCCUUUCAGAUAUGGAACCAAAAUUACUGAGUGAAAGAAAACUUAAAAUGGUCUUUUAUCGAAUUAAGGAAAUUCUUCAGUGCCAUUCAAUGUUUCAGAUUGCUCUGGCGAGUCGUGUAUCUGAGUGGGACUCUGUUGAAAUGAUCGGUGAUGUCUUUGUUGCUUCAUUUUCUAAAUCUAUGGUAUUGGAUGCAUACAGUGAAUAUGUAAACAACUUCAGUACAGCUGUUGGGAUUCUCAAGAAAUCUUGUGCCACCAAACCUGCCUUUUUAGACUUCUUAAAGCAAUGUCAGGAGUCAAGCCCUGAUCGCAUUACACUGUAUGGUUUAAUGAUGAAACCUAUCCAACGUUUUCCACAGUUCAUUCUGCUAUUGCAGGAUAUGUUGAAGAACACUAGUAAAGGACAUCCUGACAGAUUACCUCUACAGAUGGCUCUUACAGAACUUGAGACACUGGCAGAGAAGUUAAAUGAAAGGAAAAGGGAUGCAGAUCAGCGCUGUGAAAUAAAACAAAUAGCAAAAGCAAUGAAUGAACGUUACCUGAACAAGCUACUCAGCAGCGGAAACAGAUACCUCAUACGGACUGAUGAUAUGGUUGAGACAGUUUAUAAUGAUAAAGGAGAAAUUAUCAAAACCAAAGAACGGCGACUUUUCAUGUUGAAUGAUGUGCUGAUGUGUGCAACAGUAAAUAUUCGCUCUUCCUAUGAAAGCAGUGGCACCAUGACAACUGGCCAGAGGUAUUUAUUGAAGUGGAGCGUACCGCUGGGACAAGUGGAUGUCAUAGAGUAUGGCAGCAGUGAGGGCCAAGGAGACAACUGCAGGUUCCCACCCCAGCUCCCUGCUGAAAAUGUCAUCAUUAACUCUAAGCCAAACAGGCUCUAUAUGGGACCAGGGCAACUGUACCAUGAUCUGCAGAACCUUUUACAUGACUUGAAUGUACUUGGUCAAAUUAGCCAAUUAAUAAGCAGCCUUAAAGGAAACUAUCAGAAUUUAAACCAAUCUGUAGCCCAUGACUGGACCUCAGGUUUACAAAAACUGAUUUUGAAAAAAGAAGAUGAAAUUAGAGCAGCAGAUCGCUGUAGGAUUCAGCUGCAACUCCCAGGAAAACAGGACAAGUCUGGGCGGCCAACUUUCUUUACAGCUGUGUUCAAUACAUUUACUCCUGCCAUCAAACAGUCUUGGAUCAACAAUUUACAAAUGGCUAAACUAGCCCUUGCAGAGGAUAACUUGUUAGGUUGGUUCUGCAUAGAAGAUGAUGGGAACCAAAUCAAAAAGGAAAAACAUCCUCUCCUUGUUAGACACAUGCCAGUGAUGGUGGCCAAGCAACAGGAGUUCAAGGUUGAAUGUGCUGCUUAUAAUCCUGAGCCAUACCUUGCUGGAGAAACAGAGUCAGAUUCCUGUGCUGUGGAACAUGGUUUUCUUUGGAUUGGCAGUUGUACAAAUCAGAUGGGCCAGGUUGCAAUAGUCUCGUUUCAAAGCUCCAGCCCCAAGGUUAUUGAGUGCUUCAAUGUAGAAUCACGGAUUCUCUGCAUGGUCUACAUACCAGAGGAGGAGAAGCUGAAAGAGCAAAAUAAAGCUCCAGACUCUGAAAACGUUCUUGCAAAAACUUCUAAUGUGCCCACUAUUUGCCUUGGCAUGGAAGAAGGAAGCAUUUCUAUUUACAAAAGUUGCCAAGGCUCAAAGAAAAUUCGACUUCAACACUUCUUCACUCCUGAAAAAUCAACUGUUAUGAGCUUAACAUACAGGUCUCAGUACUUGUUUGCUGGCUUGGUAAAUGGAAACGUCUCAAUCUACACAAAAGCAGAAGAUGGGACAUGGAACACAGAACCUCAGAAGGUAGUUAAAUUGGGUGUUCUACCUGUUAGAAGUCUGCUUGUGAUGGAGGAGACCAUUUGGGCUGCAUGUGGUGGACAGAUUUUUAUAAUCAGCACUGUGACGCAUUCCAUAGAGAACCAUUUUGAAGCCCAUCAAGAGGAAGGGAUGGUUAUCUCUCACAUGGCUGUGGCUGGAGUGGGAGUCUGGAUUGCCUUCACAUCAGGAUCUGCCCUUCGACUGUUCCACACAGAGACGCUGAAACACCUCCAGGAUGUUAACAUUGCCACACCUGUUCACAAUAUGUUGCCAGGGCAGCAGCGUGUCUCUGUGACCAGCCUCCUGGUGUGCCAUGGACUGCUGCUGGUUGGAACAAACCUGGGCAUUAUAGUAGCAUUACCAGUGCCACGCUUGCAGGGGAUUCCCAAAGUAACUGGAAGAGGAAUGGUGUCAUACCAUGCACACAAUAGCCCAGUCAAGUUUCUUGUAACAGCUACAUCUAUAAACAAAAAGAACAGAAACAAAUUGAGAAACAGCCUCCCUCCUGGCUCAGAACCUAAGGACGAUGACCAAAAGAACAUUCUGCACAGUGAACGACCGGGCUCUUCCCUUAGUAACACCCAGGACACUGCAGUUUGGCUGGGGGAUUCAGCAGGGUCCAUUGCACAAAGAAGUGACUUGUCAUCAUCUUCUGGAUCCCUUACUUUGUCUCACGGAUCAAGUUCCCUAGAACACAGACCAGAGGACAGCAACAUUUAUGAGCUUCUGAAGGAUCAAAAUAUCUCAUUUAAAAGUAAAAGACAGAAAUCUAAGAAAAUGAAAGCAAGUUCAGUACUAGUAAUUUCUGGUGGCCAAGGACACAGAAGAGUGAACAAGAAGACCAAGCAGCAACGACAAGAUGAAUUAGUGUCUUCAGUGAUGGUCUGGCAAAUCCCACUAUUAAAUAUCUAACUGAACUAAACCCAGAUUGUUUUUGCUAUUAAAAAAAAUGUGAUAUCCUUUUGUGGCUAAUGCCAACUUAGGACCCAAGCAGAUAGGCUUUAUACACCUGGGAGCAAUUUCAGUAGGCUUGGAUCACAGGAUUAAGGGUGCAAGACAGUCUUCACACACUUAGAACAUUCUGCAGUGUUAGAGUAUUGGAAAAUGUUUAGCUAUUGGUGCUGUCUUUGAUCUUAGAAAAAAAAGGAAUGUUAGGGACUUUAAAAUGGUUUUAGAAUCUCUUACCUUAUUUAUACUCACAUUUAUAAAUAUCUUAAUUAUGUUCUAUAGCACUUAGGGAAGGCAAGGAAGAUAUGCCAUGUCUCAUGCUGGUUUCUUCUUGCAUAAAUCAGUUAUUUCUACUUUUUCCAAAGUGACACAUUGCAUGGAAGAGUAGAUUUUAACAAAUUAACAAAUAUUUUUAAAUCAUAAGUAAUCUAAUGUGAGCUAGUAUUAAUUUUGCAAGAAUUAUAAUAGUUUAAAACUUCAUCCCACAUACCAGAGUUUGGUUGGAACAAAACUGGCUAAAUUAAUUAAUCAGUGUUUAUUUCAACGUAGAACAUAGAUUUUUUUUAAGAAUAGUAAUUUCUAAUGCUCAGUGUUAUUAGAAAUGUUGCAGUACAAAAGGCACAUUAAUUUUCUUGGUAGGUGCGAUGUGUAUGCAGCUUGUUUUUGUUAUACAGAAAGUUGCAGGGAUGUGGUGGCUUUGGGCAAAUAGAAAAUACAGAUACAGGACAGCUGUGCAUUGUAGUGCUGCUAGCAUCCUCCCUCUGCAACUCAAUAUCAAAGCUAAACAUGGAUUGUAACAUUUUUAAGGAGGCAUGAAUAUCCAGUAAAUUAAUAACAAAGUUAUUAAUUAAGUAAUUAAUUGGGAAGAUAUAUAUACUAAUAUAGGAAUAUCUAUAGCAAGUACAGGUAAUCACUAUGAGUCCUACAUUAGCUGAGUUGUGCUGUGUCCCCAGGCAAGCAUCUAUCAAAUACUGUCACAGUGCAACAGCAGAGAUAUGGUCAUACCUGAAUGACGAGCCCUCCUUUUCACCCAGUUUCAGCAAAGCACGGCCCUGUAAAUGGGAAUUGGAAAAGUGGGAUGCAGCUUCAUUCCCUCAGAUGGGCAAGUUGUCACUUUGGUACUGUUAAAAGGAUGAAUUCUAAGUAGGGACCUGAUCAACAUUUUAGUCAUGAAUUUAUGUAUUUCCAAAGGAAACUUUGAAUUUGGGAUUCGUACUGAAAAUGCCUGCUGCACUAAUCUCUGCACAUAUGAAAUACAAGACAAAUGCUUCAGCUCAUAAAGACA